GAACUGGGACCUUCUGUGGGCAAAACAGGGGCUCCCCCACUGAGCCACGGCUCCUCCCCAAUGGCUCUCCAGGGCCUGGGGAGCAGGAGGCGGCAUUCCCUCCCUGCCCUCCUCCCUGGGCUCUCUGAACUUGAGAUGCUGGGAAUUGAACUGGGACCUCUGGCCCACCAUGCGCUGGACCACUGAGCCACAGCCCCCCCCCGGGCCAUCCAGGGGCCAAGUGAUGGGCCCAGAGGGUGGCGAGGCAGGCUGCUGGAGGGGCUGGGGCAGGAGGGCUGGGCAGCAGCAGGCACCCUGGUGCACUCCCACCUCCGUAGGGCUCUUCAGGCAGGCCAGCUGUAGCCAGGAAGCCCCACUUCAUGCCCUGGGGGGGGGAGGAAGCACUUCCAUGGCAACAGAAACCUUGUUUAUUGGCAUGGCAACUGGCUGGGUUCUGGCUCUUUCUGCAGCCUCUGCCAGGUGCCCAUGGAGGGCCUGCCUGCCUGCACCUGGGCUCCAGGCACUGGGCUGCCUGUUUUGCUCAGUGCACAAACCACCCCCGGCCUGUCCUCCCUGCCUGCACUCACACAGCCCCCCCCCGCCACAGGCUUGCCAUCCGUCUUGCUGGGGGUGGGUGGGUUGCUUUGCCGUUUGGAAGGUGGUUGCCAGAUGCCAACAAGAAGUCUCAAGUCCUGCCAGAGAGACGUUGCAGCAGAAGCACCAGGAGCUUUUCAGCUGAAGGCCAAGGAAGUGUCCAGAGAGGUGGGCUCUUUGUCACGGACUAUUUCACCCGGACCCCCCGCAAGCUGAACCCCUUCCGCUCCUUCACCAGCAUCGAGCUCUUCCACUUCCGCAUCCCUGAGGACACAGUGGUGGCUGUCUGGAACCUCAUCACCUUCAAAGAGCAAGGCGGCACCUUUGGGGACCAGUGCCCGGACCGAAGCAUCACCGUGUAUUUUCGCUCUGGGGCACCCCCGGUCAUUAACCCUCUGGGCACCCACUUCCCCCGGGAGACAGCCGUGCCCGGCUCCUUCGCCCUCACACUCACCUGGACCCUGCCAAACAGGACCACGGGGGUCUUCAACAUCACCAGCCCACUGCCUGGGGACUGGUUCCUGGCUGCCCACUUGCCCAAGGAGCAGGGCAAGAUCUCUGUCAAGGGCCUUGCCGAGGACUGCCAGUACCUCUUCCAGCCCCAGCUGAUCGUCCAGCGCCUGGUGGGCAUCGGGGUGCUGUAUCCUGGCUAUGUGAGCGGACAUGCCCUCUCCCCCCACAACCGGUCCCUGCUGUACAAGGUCUUCAUUCCCAGCUACACCUCGCGGGUGCUGGUGCAGCUGCUGAACUGCCGCGGCGGCCGCCCGAGCGGGGACCGGGAGGGCUGCCCGCUGUGGCUGAAGGUGCGCGGCAAGGCGCCUCCCCUGCACAACUCCACCGCCCGGGACUGCCGGGACCCCUCGCCCUGCCGCCUGGCCCUGGAGCUCCCCUUCUGGCAGCACUGGUACUACCUGCUGGUGGAGAAGGCCCCGGGCGCGGCUGGCAACGUCAGCUUCCAGCUUCUGGUGCAGCUGAAGGAUUGCUCCCGGACAGGCCUGCCUCGCGCCCCCUUCCAGCUGCCGGGCUCCAGUCUGAACAUGCCUCACUCCUUCGGCUCCCCGGGGGGGCUGGCCCUGGCCCACAGCCUGCCCCCCUUCCCUCCAAACAGCACCCGCCCCCCGCCCCCCUCGCCCCCCACGGCCGGCGAGCACUGCUGGCCCAUCCGGCCCACCCUCCGCAACGAGCUGGACACCUUCUCCGUGCACUUCUACAUCUUCUUCGGCCCCAACGUCUCGGUGCCCCCCGACCGGCCGGCCAUCUUCGCCGUCAGCCUCCUGCCUGUGCUGGACAGCGGCAGCGUCCUCAACCUGGAGCUCAAGCUGAACGUGUCCUCUCUGCGGGGGGAGAACGCGACCGUCUUUGCCUGCCUGAGCCACGAGGUCCCUUUGGCCUCGGAAGAGAACUCCUCUGUCACCUGUGAGACAGAGCUCCUGCUGGGCUUCCUUCUGUCCAUCAACGCCACGGCCCCCCUCACUCGCCUGCGGAUCCCCUACCCCCAGACGGGGAACUGGUACCUGAGUCUGCGUUCGCUCUGCUCCACGGGCCACGGGCUCACCCGAGCGCCACACACACACCCUGCAGAGGGUGGAAGAGGGAGGCCGGAGCCAGAGGCCAGAUCCUGGAGCCAGGGAGGCUGGCAGGCCUCGGGGCUGGAGCCGUGUGGGAACGUGACGGCCGAGGUCUACCUGCGCACCUACCUCUCCCCCUGCAUCAACGACUGUGGCCCCUACGGGCAGUGCAAACUGCUGCGCACCAACAACUACCUGUAUGCUGCCUGCGAGUGCAAAGCAGGCUGGAGCGGCUGGGGCUGCACGGACAACGGGGCCGCCUUCUCCUACGGCUUCCAGCUCCUCUCCACGCUGCUGCUCUGCCUCAGCAACCUCAUGUUCGUCCCGCCGGUGCUCAUCGCCCUCCGGAGCCACUACCUGCUGGAGGCCGCCGUCUACAUCUUCACCAUGUUCUUCUCCACAUUCUACCACGCCUGCGACCAGCCGGGCAUCGUGGUCUUCUGCAUCAUGGACUACGACGUGCUGCAGUUCUGCGACUUCCUGGGGUCCCUCAUGUCCGUCUGGGUCACGGUCAUUGCCAUGGCCCGGCUCCAGCCGGUGGUCAAGCAGGGGCUGCACCUGGUGAUGAUGUGACGUCCCUGCUGGCAGCACCCCUUCCUUGCCAAGCGACUAUUGCCCGGGAUGGCCAGGGAUGGCAUUCUUCUGCCCGACCGCAGUUAUCGAGGGAGUUUAUUUAUUUAUUUUAUUUUAUUGUUAGAUUUAUAUACCGCCUUUCGUUAAAAACAACCCCAAGCCGGUUGAGUUAUCCUUCUUGUCCUCCAAGAAGCUUAGGGCAGCAUUCUUGGUCCUCCUUCCCUCCCUCCAUUUUUACUCACAACAACCUAGUGAGGUAGGCUAAGCUGAGAGAGAGUGACUGGCUCUAGAUCACCCUUGUGGGGAUUUGAAUCUGGUGCCGAGAGGUGCACAGGAAGCUGCCGUAUACAGAGUCAGGCCCUUGGUCCAUCUCGCACAGCACGGAGCCAGGCCCACAAUUUUGGCCAUGGGGUCGUCUCAGAGGACAAAUGCUCGCAGUGUGUUUGGGCAGCAUCAAUCACCCCCACCCCGAGAUGGAAAAUUGGUGAUUGCCUUGUUGUGCUUACAGCUUUCUGUGCGUUGUCACCCCUCCUCUAUUCCCACCCCCCAAAUGAUUAGGAUAAAAUGGCAGUCAUUCCUGCACAGAGAAAAGGAGCAGGGCAGGGCAGCAACGGACCAACUGUUGACCUCCGUCCAUGGAGUCCUCUUUGGAGGACGUUCCUGCCAGUUGUCAUUUCCAUUCCUUUGACAUCAAUAACAUUCUAUAGACGUUUUCCUGUUUUUAAAACUUUUUGAAGCUUUGAAAACACCCUUGCAAAUUUGGCCACUGCAGGCCUGAUAGUCAGAACGAGAAAAGUGUGGCACUACACACUGAAAGCUGAAGGUCUUGCAGUGUUAUGAUAGUGUCCUUUUCUUCUCUAGGGGUGCUGAUUUUGUCAGAAAUCACAAUGAGCACUGCCCCCCCACCCCGCCCCCAGAUUGUUCCAAGCCCCGCAGCUGACUCAUGUCUUAACUGACUCCUCUGGCUGGCAGUCCAGGCCAAAAGCCCGAGCUGGAGAUGCUGCCGCCAGGCAGGGAGUGGACCUGGGUCCUUGUGGGCAGGUCUGGAGGCUGCUGAUUACACACACACACAGGCAGUCAGGACAUGGGGCGGGGGGCUUACAGGAUGCAGUGAGCUGAGAUGAGGAAUGAUCCACCUGGAGGUUUUCUAUGCACAAAGCCUGCAGUCUGCUCUCUAGGUGAGGGGGCCGGAGACCUGGUGGGUCUCACGCGGCUCCCCCCCUCCCUCC